AUGGAGCCCUUCCUCGGCUGCACCGGCGCCGCGCUCCUGCUCUGCUUCAGCUACGCCGGUCUGCGCCCGGUGGAGGCAGACAGCCCGUCAGCUCCAGUAAAUGUCACAGUCAAACACCUGAAAGCCAACUCGGCCGUUGUGACUUGGGAUGUUCUGGAAGAUGAAGUUGUCAUUGGAUUUGCCAUUUCCCAGCAGAAGAAGGACGUGCGGAUGCUGCGCUUCAUCCAGGAGGUGAACACCACCACCCGCUCCUGUGCCCUCUGGGACCUAGAGGAGGACACUGAGUACAUUGUGCAUGUCCAGUCCAUCAGCAUCCAAGGCCAGAGCCCUGCCAGUGAGCCAGUCCUCUUCAAGACCCCCAGGGAAGCUGAGAAACUAGCCUCUAAAAAUAAAGAUGAAGUGACAAUGAAAGAGAUGGCGAAGAAAAACCAACAGCUGCGAGCGGGGGAAAUUCUCAUCAUAGUUGUGGUGUUGUUUAUGUGGGCAGGGGUGAUCGCCCUGUUUUGCAGACAGUACGAUAUCAUCAAAGAUAAUGAGCCAAAUAACAGCAAGGAGAAAGUCAAGAGCGCCUCGGAGAACAGCACUCCCGAGCACCAGAGCGGAGGGCUCCUCCGCAGCAAGUUUCCAAAAAACAAGCCCUCAGUGAAUAUCAUCGAAGCGUGACAGCCUGCCAUCUGAUAGAUGGACUCCAUUCCUCACUCUCACUUUCUGCCUCUGAGCCUUGAUGACUAGGGAGGUGAAAUAUUGUUGGAGCAAUUUGAAAAUAGACCUAGUGACUGUCA